AUUAGUAUGAUUCAAAUAUAUAUAUUUUUUUGAACAAGUUCCUAUGAUAUUGUGAAAUGUAUUUGAAAACUUGUCUGGAGCAUUCCUAGCAGGAGGUCAAAAACUUAAGAAUUUGUACUAUUUAGAUUUUUGUCCUUCAAGAUAACCUACCAAAAUGAAUGAUAUUUCAAAAAAUGAAUCAAAUGCGGAAAUUUCUGUACGUAAAUAUCAAGACGAUAGUGAUUUUGAUGAAGCAUUUAAAAAUUUAUUACGACCUAUUGAAUCAAUCAUAAAAAAAAAGCAAUGUGAACCUCUUCAAUAUGAUCUUAUCAAGGAUUUGGAUUCAUUUUUGAACCAUUUGAGAUUAUCUACUGAUGAAGGAGCCCUAGUAUUUGUAGAAGCUGCAUUAAUGAUUCAAAAUGUCAUACUUAUUUAUCAAAAAAGAGUUGAUCAAUUAAUAGAUGUCAUGAUGAAACUUAUUGGAAAAUUUCGAGCUUAUCGAAUAAAUGAAAAUAUCGAAGUAGAUUAUGACACAGAAAAUGAUGUAGGAAAUAAAAAAAAAAAGAAAGAAAAAAAAGUCAAAUUUUAUUCUUCUUUUGAACCAAUUAAAGGGCAAAUUGUUGGAACAUUGAAAAUUUUUGACUGCAAAGUUAUAAAUUUGAGUAAAAAACCACCUGUACCAAAAAUUGUACUUAAUGCCAAUAUAAAAGUAGAUAAUAAGUACUCUAAAAUAUUACCUUAUAUUUGUAUUGGAAAUGGAGAAAAUAUUGGAAAGAAAUAUGACUAUAUGAUAAAUUUUCCUUUAAAUCGUGAUUUGGCUGUUAAUGAGGAAUUUGAUUGUCCUACUAAUGAAGAUCCAAAAUCUGCAACUCCUCUCAAUUAUCGAAAAAGCACUGAUCCAUUACCAAUGAAUUUAAUGGAAGUUGAUGACAUUGAUGAAAUACUUCCAAGUACUCCAGAUCCAGUCAUUUUUGAUCAAACUGUUACUGAUGAAGUUUGUGUUAAUAAUGCAAUGUUACCAAAUCCAGCAAAUAUAUUGAAUAUUAGUCAAGUACCUCAAAAUAUUGAUGAUGUAUGGGCUCCUGUUUUAAAUGCUAAGGAUAAUAAUUAUGUAGAUAAACCUUGCGUAAAGAAAAAAGGAUCUAAAAAAGAAGAUGGUGGAAUGUGGUUACCGACAUAUACUGUGGCAGAAUUAACAUGUCAAAUGUUUAAAUUAAAAUCUGGUUUAUAUGCUGAUCCUGUAUUUAGACAACUUAUUCAUGAUGCAAUGGAAGUUCAAAGAUCUGAAACAGCUAAAAUUAAAAAAAAACGUUUAAUAGCUGAAGAAAAAGAACGAUUUGACUAUCAUGAUGAAGAAAUGGAAGAAAAAUUGAAAAAUGGUGAUGAACCAGGAUUUAUAGGCUUUGAUAGUCCAAUUCAUGAUGACAAUGACUUAUUUGGAGAUGUUGACCAACAAGAAAAUGAAGAACCAAUUGAAGAUGCCAAUAUCGAAAAUUUUCAAUCAUAUCAAAGAAAUGCAAUAGAUAUGCAGAAACAUGAACAAAAUCAAAUAGAAAUGAUGAAUGAACAAUUGGAAAUGCGGCAAAGAGUACAAGAAUGGCAUAAUAAUCUACGGCCUAUAUUAGAAGAAGAAGAAAAAAGAACAGAAUUUGAUGUACAUGAAUAUGGAACACGUAUAUUAAGCUGCUUUGAAUUUAUAGGAGAAAAAAAAUUAUUUAGAGAAUUAGUUGGAGGACUAGACAAAGAAGAAGUUGCUCGAUAUUUUUUGUCUUUGUUAAUGAUGGUUAAUACAUAUAAUUUGGAUAUAUCAAAUAACAUUUCCGAAAAUGAUAUAUCAAUAACACUUUUAAAGAAAGAAAGACAUCAUGAAGAACUUCAAGUUAAUAUUGGUAAUCAAGUGAAUCAAGAACAAAAUUGAUCAUGAAAAUUUAAUGUAUAAAAAUUAUUUAAUUGAGUGCACCUUUUAAAUAUUUAAGUACAAGCAUCAUAGACAGAACAAAUGCCUUACACAUUACAACUGAGACUAGAGGUGAACUUGUUUAUCUCAGUUAAGUUCAUAUUGUGUUCUUAUUCUUUAUAAGAUACUUAAAAGCUUUGUUAAAUUAUUACUUUUGAAACUAAAUUUUAAGUGGAUUUCACACCCUAAAGAUAUAUUACAUAUUAUAUU